UUAAUACUGGAGUUAGGUGGAAACAACGCAAUAAUUGUGAAUGAUGACGCUGAUUUGAAUAUGCUCAUACCUGCGACAGUGUUCGCUUGUGUUGGAACGGCUGGACAGAGAUGUACGACAACUCGACGGAUCAUUAUCCAUCAUAAAGUGUAUGAUGAAGUAGUGAAGAGACUAGUUCGAGCAUAUUCACAAUUGGAAUCGCGUAUCGGUGAUCCACUUGAUUCGAACACUUUAAUUGGACCUCUACACACCCAGCAGGCCGUUAUGCAAUUUAAGGCCACUGUUGCUGAGGCCAUUGUCUCUGUACGAUUCUUUCUUUCAUUUUAUAUCUCUUCAUCUUGUUCAUUCGCUCUUGAUUCUUUUAGUGAGCACUCACGAAUUUACGUCUGUCUAUUCAUUACAGGUGGUAAAGUAGAGUAUGGAGGUAAGGUUAUGGAGGGUAAAAGUGGUAAUUUCGUUAUGCCGACAAUUAUUACUGGUCUGAAAAAUGAUGCAGAAGUGGUGAGACGUGAAACAUUCGCACCUAUACUCUAUGUUCUGAAGGUGAUUUACUAA